UAGAAGCAGACGCUGAUCGGAAGUGAAACAUAGGGAAAUAAGGUAGCUAUUGAUGCUUUGAUCGACACAGCGGACGGACGGACGGGUGCUUCCGUGCUAUAUGGACAGCGAUUCCAUACAUAGUACAGGCGACGACGAUCAGCUUUUCCAAAUCUGGAAACGAACUGCUCGGCCCGUCGUUAUCGCAACAGCAAUAACUAUAUAGCCUCAUAGCUUGCAAUUUGUAAGGUGACGAUUGUAAAUGGCUGCAGAGAGUGCUUCGUAUAAAUGAGACGGGCGUCCCCGCACCCGGUAAUAUCCAGUUGCUACUGGCAAACUGGCAAAAAUGUUGUGAGGCCGGCAGUUUGGGUACUCGUCCAAGAUGCUGGGUAUAUAAUGGAGCGGGUUGCUGAGAGAGAGCACUGGUGGUUUCGCUUGAAACACAGCCCGGGGUGAAGCCUUCCCAUCUUUGUUCCUCAACACCGUGUAAAGUGAAUGAAUCACCGGUAUGAUGAAACACUUGCUCACUACCCUCCUCUUCGUCACCCCCUUGGCCCUCGGGGCUCCCACGGCUCGCGCAGCCACCUGCGAUCGCGACUUCCUCAAAGCCCAAGCUGCCUCCUACGUCGCCGCCCAAAAGGCUGGAACCCCCUCUCUCCUGACCAACUCCUCCUCCUCCUCCGGAUCAACCAUCAGCUACACCCAAAACUUCAAGACCGCCACCCUCACCACCGGCAUUUUGUCCACCCCCUUACGCAUCGACCACAACCGCAGCAUCUACGACACCACCCAAUGCGCCACCUACACCGAACUCAUCAGCACCGAACCCAACAAACAACACGUCAUCGGCACCCAACUCCGCUUCUCUCCCGAGACCUUGACCCUCUCCAAGAUCGAAACCAUCGUCACCUCCAAAGGCGACUGGCUCUUUGACCCAUCUGCCACACUCAUGUACUCCUUCCAAGAAUCCUCUCAAGGGCUGUGGGACGACAUCCCCCUCGCCAAGCGAGACACGCGCGCGGUAAUCCAAGCGGCCGGCGACGCGUACCUGGAUUUGUUCAACAACAAGAGCGUCAAAGUGCCGUGGGGAACACCGUGUGCACGACUAGAAGGCGGGACUUAUAUCCAGCCUAGUUGCAAUGUGGGCGUGCCGAGCGGGAUCAGGAAUGUGAAUAGACGGUAUGUGGUGGAUGAGGUGGUGGGCACGGUGGAUGUGUUUUUUGAUUUUGCGGGGGCGGAGCCGGAUAGUCAUGAGUUUAGGGUGGAGGGGGGGAGGUUGAGGUUGGUGCAUACUAUGACUGUUAUGAAGUAGGGGGUUGUUGGUGGUGACUUUGGUGUUUGGUGUAAUUAGAGAGAGAGAGAGGCUCUUGGAAAGGGGUGGUUGGCAGGACAGUGGAGGAGGGAAAGUUGACUUGGACCGUCAGGGCAGGAAAUCGGACGAAAUCAAUAACUGGGUGUAACCUGGCAAAGCCCGAGAUAGCGAUUCACGAAUGAUCAGAAAAAAUUGUGGUGAUCGGAGAGGAUUUGAACCUGGUAGGUGUGUUGUCGCAUUGUUGGCUGGCGCACGGU